GAUCGUAUCGUACACGCGGUUGUUUAACAUAUGUUUAUCCUAUAGUAAAUAAAAUGUAGUGACAUUUUGAACGUGAAAUAGUGAAAUUGUAAAGUUUUUUCAGUGUUUAUUGAAUAAAAGAUUCUAAAGUGAUAUUUGUUAGGACAACAAUAGUUGAUGAAUGAAAAUCUGCUCAAUCAUGAAGAAAAAUGUGUUGAAACUUGCAACGAAAUUUUCGCCAAUCUCGCCUCAUUCGAAAAUAGAACAAACGCAUGACAUCGUUUUGAUCUCUCGUCGCAAAAAAUGACGUCGCGAAAUUAUUCCACAGUAACGUCUGAGAAUGUGAGAAAAUCAAAAGGACAAGAAGACGAAAAUUAAGCGCAUUUUCCGUUUUCUUAUGUGGUAUUAAUGUGACCGAUUUUCAAUAACUGAGUGUUUGAAAUUAAGCUUGAAAAUUAAGUUUGAAAGCUUUAAGUGUAAAUAAUACUCAGUGGAUCUGUAAAAAAAUUAAAACCUAAUUUGUUUUGUACAAGAUAAGUUAAAAUUACAUUGGAAACAAAAUGACUACUGGUUUGAUACUCGUAAUUAACUUUUUCGAUAUAAAUUGAAAAGAACUAAAGAGUUCUACUUUUCGUUAAUACAAAAAUGGCUGCGAAGAAUCUUGAUGAAAUCAAAUGAUGUGCUGAAGAGCGCAGCCGGCGACUAAAGUGAAGGAAAAACCAACAAAACUUCUCCGACAUAAAAAUAACACAAAAGUUUCUCCCAAAAUAAGCUACUAAUGAGUUUGCAUGGAAGUGGAGUUGAUAGAAGGCAUCAGCAAUGUGUCGUGAAGGAAGAACAGAAAAAAACAUGCCGUUUCGGGUGCCAACAGUGAAUCUAAGUAGAUUGCAUUCCUGGGUGUCUUGCUGAUUUGUUGGAAUUUGUGAAUGUUGGAAUUGAAGAUCAUGAUAAGAUUUAAAUUUUAAAGAUAAAUGAACAUCCACAAAUGACGAAAUGGCCGAGCCUUAAAAAAGUUAUUCGAGGUUUUUUUGCGAAUCAAAAAAUAUAUAAUCAAAAUUUGUAGUGAAAUUAAAGAUUCUCUUAAAAGUUUAAUCCUUACAAUGAUGGAGUACAACGGGCAAACAGCCUACCAGUGGCACAAGUUACAACAACAGCAUCAACAAAUGCUGGUGACAACUACCGGUGGAAUGUCGUGCUACACCGUGCCAGAGGGUGCCGGAGACGAUGAUGACCAACUGGCGAGCACGACGACUGAGGAAGAAUUUGGUGACGAAACACCGGUUCCGACACCGACGGCCACAAUCGGGGCCUUCCAUCCGCCGAAUAAUGGUCCUCCUCAGUUGGGGUAUUUUGUUCCACUCACGCCAAUAUUCUUCAGAAGUCCACAGUUUCGAAAAAGGGAAACCAUCGAUUCCAACAGAUCCCGCCGAUCGACGAGCUACUGUGGUACGGCAACGCCGACACCUGUUCCCAACAGCCCAUCCCGUCGUUCCUCACUGGUGUGCAGUUCGCCUCCAUCCGGUUCCGUCCCACCACCGAUUCCUCAACUGCCGGCGAAAUCCGCAGUGGCGAGCAACAGUUCUAGUGAUUAUGGUAGCAGCAAUAAACCAAAAAAUUACGAUCCUUACGGGGAGAGUAAAUACAGUGUAUCCAACAGUAACUUUGCGAGUCCUAGUGCAAACAACCAAAAUGAUGAUAACCGCAAUUUACACGGCCUAAACAGUGGCAGCCGGUUGUCCCAAGUGUCUCCGUAUUCCUACCUUCAACCGAAACGGUUUAGUUCUCCUUCGUUUGGUGAUUACGCGUACGAUAAAGGUGUUAAUGUGAAAAAUCGAACGUCCAGCAUAGUCCGGAGUAAAUCCAAAAAAGAGCAGCGGAAUUACCAUUCGAUGAAUGAAACCAUCGAGGUGCUGGCGGAUCAGGUGGUGGAGGAUGAUCGAAUUGGUGAGCGAACAUCAUGGGAUUAUAACACCGUGACAUUGUCCCGGGUGCCGGGGUACGGCUUUGGUAUAGCCGUGUCCGGUGGAAGGGACAAUCCGCAUUUUGCCAACGGUGACCCGUCGAUAGCGGUAAGCGAUGUGCUUAAACAUGGUCCGGCCGAGGGGCAACUGCAAGUCAACGAUCGAAUUAUCUCGGUCAACGGAAUCUCGUUGGAGAACGUCGAGUACGCGACGGCCGUACAAGUGCUGCGGGACAGUGGAAAUACGGUGACGUUGGUAGUAAAGCGUCGCGUCCCAAACCACGCUCUGAUGCAACCCACGGGAAGUAACGCUCUGGCGGGCGGUGUGGGAGUCAAUUCACACCAGCACCAACAUAGUAUCAGCUCAACCGGGCUCGGGCUGGGCGCAUUAGUGAAUAAUGGAUCUCAACAGCAAAUCAAAGUGAUUGUUACAAAAGCGAGCAAAAAAGAUGAUUUCGGCAUCGUUUUAGGAUGUAGGCUAUUUAUUAAGGAAAUUUCGUCAAAGACAAAAGAUCAGCUAGCCACAAAUGGCUACUCCCUACAGGAAGGUGACCUUGUAACAAGGAUACAUAAUACCAACUGCAAUGAUUCUAUGAGCUUGAAAGAAGCCAAAAAGAUCAUUGACGGGUGCAAAGAACGAUUGACAUUGGCCGUACUACGUGAUUCCACCAAUGCCACGUUGAACGCUGGUCUGGGCAAUGGUACCAGCUCUGGCAUGCAGUCACCCGUGUAUUCCCAUACGGCGCAGGUUUCCAACUGCAGUAAUAUGGAUGAAAAUUAUCUGAAUGGAAGCGGUGGAAUUUACUCUGGUCAAAAUUUGUAUGUGCAGCCACCGACGCGACCAUCCGCCAUGAGUACGUUACUAGUAGACGAUAAAAGCAACCUCACACCACGAGGGAGAUCGAGAGGCCCACUAACAGAUAUUUCUUUACAACAAUUAGACCGACCCAGUACACCUCAGGGAGCGUCGAGUAGCAGAGACGAAGGAGCAGGACUUAACGGAAGUGGUCACAUACGGUCACGGAGCACCGUAGAUGAACCACCACGACCACCACCUCCACGGGGAGAGGACUUUUACAGCACGCGACGUCCACUGCAUGACGAAAAACCGACUUCGGAGCCACGAUACAUCACAUUCCAGAAAGAGGGUUCUGUCGGCAUCCGGUUAACCGGCGGCAAUGAAGUGGGCAUCUUUGUCACGGCAGUACAACAAAACAGUCCCGCAGCGGCGCAAGGACUCGUCCCUGGUGAUAAAAUAUUGAAAGUUAACGAUAUGGACAUGAACGGAGUUACCAGAGAGGAAGCAGUACUGUUUCUACUCAGUCUACAAGAUCGUAUCGAUCUGAUCGUGCAGUAUUGCAAAGAAGAAUACGACAACAUUACCGCACAGCAGCGAGGAGAUUCGUUCCACAUCAAAACUCAUUUCCACUGCGAAAAUCCAUCGAAAGGAGAACUAUCGUUCAAAGCCGGCGACGUCUUCCGAGUGAUUGAUACUUUGUACAACGGCGUAGUGGGAGCUUGGCAAGUUUUACGUAUUGGCCACGGUCAUCAGGAGCUGCAACGAGGGGUCAUACCUAAUAAAGCACGUGCCGAAGAGUUGGCCACGGCACAGUUCAAUGCAACGAAGAAGGAAAUGAAUGCCUCCGAGUCGCGCGUCAGCUUUUUUCGCAGGAAGCGUUCAACGCAUCGAAGGUCGAAAUCGUUGUCCAGAGAAAACUGGGACGAUGUCGUAUUCUCCGACUCAAUCUCGAAAUUCCCUGCCUACGAACGAGUUGUUCUGCGACAUCCAGGAUUCGUGCGUCCCGUCGUCCUAUUCGGCCCAGUUUCCGACAUUGCUCGGGAGCGACUCGUAAAGGACUUCUCGGACAAAUAUACUGCCCCGUUGCAAGACGACGACAAGGGAUCCAAGUGUGGCGGAAUAGUGAGACUGUCAAACAUUCGCGAUAUCAUGGAUCGGGGCAAACAUGCCUUACUCGACAUCACACCGAACGCAGUCGAUCGACUCAACUAUGCACAAUUCUAUCCGAUCGUAAUCUUCCUGAAAGCCGACACGAAGCACAGUGUCAAGCAGUUGCGGCAAGGACUUCCAAAAUCCCAGCACAAGAGCAGUAAAAAGCUCUUUGAACAGUGUCAAAAACUUGAGCGCGUUUGGUCGCACGUGUUCAGCGCAACCAUCAGUCUUAACGAUCCGGACACGUGGUACCGCAAGUUGAGGGACUUUAUCGACCAGCAGCAAAGUGGAGCCGUUUGGAUGUCCGAGACGAAGCCAGUAGAGUCCUUGUCCGACGAUUUCCUUUUCCCCAUGACCACCUCCCGACUAUCUUACGCCUCGAGUCCGGAAUCGGACCUGGAACUGAGCCCGGGACCAUCGGCAUCAUUAUCAUUGGGCAACUUACCGCAAUUGGUGAAGUCAAGCUCUGACCCUUCGAUCGCCACUAAUCAGGAUAACUUGGAUAGGGAUAGAGAACUCGGUGAUGGAAUGCCACCACCAUACACGAACCCGUACGACCAUUCCGCACACCCACGGCGAAUGACCGUCGACAACAAGUAUGGUUUCUCAUCCAAGAACAAUAUCGGAGCACCGAUACCGCCUGACGAGGCGAUAUAUGGCUCUUCGCGACCACCUCCACCGAUUCAACAAAACAACACGAAUCAUUUUGGACCAGUGCCAGAUUUACCUCCUCGCAUAGAUCGUGCAUCGAAACCAUUGAACACCGUGUCCCCCAGCACGCCCGGGUCAUCACUACCAUCGCGAAACUCCAGCACGGGAGGAACCCUCGGACGGUCAGCCCAGGAACGACUUUUUGGCAACAAGACGUCAACGGACAAUCUGGACCAGGCGGCCGAUGAUUACGCAACCCGAAGUCAAAUGUUGAACGCGGCAGUGCAGGACAAGCGUGGUGCACCCAUUAGCAAUGGAUUGAAUUCUCUUGAACGGACGCAAAACUCGUCUCUCGAUCGGACACGUCCUAAUCAACCUCCGGGACAUCCUACGACACCGAGCAAAGCAAACGGAUCGUACGAUAGCGUGUCCAGCUACGACUCCUACAACACGUCUCAGCUCACGGCGCAGAAUAUGAGGUUAGGACCCAAUGCGCCCGAUGAUCUUAAAUCGGUGCCGAAUGGACGUGGCGGUACGGCACUAGCUCCAAAUCAGUCAAAUGUUUCGGAUUAUAAUCGAACCUCUGGUAACAACGACCUGCUUAUGACUCCACCACGGGGAGGUCAUAUGCACCCAGACAGAAACAAUUUCAACGGAACGCAUGAUGCACUCACGCCCAGAAACUCAGGAGAACGCAACACCGGUAUGAACAUUCCCCAGCGUCCCUCAAACCUGGCGCUGGAAAGUCCGAGGAAGCAUAUCAUCGAAACAAAAACGGACUAUGGCAAAUAUAGUCGCAACAAUUCAGCAUCACAAGCCGAUUAUUCCAAGCCAAGUAAGGUACCACCACCAAUGUUGGGGACACCUCCAGCGAACGGAAGCAACGGAGCACCAUUCAAACCAGUUCCACCGCCCAAGCCUAAGAACUAUAGACCUCCCAUAGGUGGGGGUGGAUCCAGCGGCAAUGGCCCUAUGAACUCUGGGCAGUGGGAAAAUGGGGAACCGAUAUCUCCACGAUCCCCGAAUGGAUUCUACUACCCGCCAAUGUCAUCCCACUAUCACCAAGGCGUCGCCCACAAUGUGCCAAGUUCACCGAACAAUAACCAUAUGAAUGUCAGCGGUGGACACCCGUCGCAAAUACAUCCUUAUGGACAGUACGGUGGAAACGCCUACAACGGAUACAACGGAAACAACAACGGCGGUCAAUCUCACUACAUGGGUAAUUCUGGCCGAGAUAUGGGAAUGGGUCCUAAUAACGGUUAUAAUAGUAACGCACAUCAUCCAUACGGAAAUAAUUACAUGCAUAGAGGUAGCGGGGGCCCAAAUCAUGGCAUAGGUAAUAUGCCAAUGCAUCCAUCUGAGCGACAUCCGCUUGAUUUAGCCGGUAGCCGUGAACAACGAGGAUCGGCGUUUGAGUUGUACCGGAAGCCACAACUCGGUACUGCUGGGCACCAUCAUAACAUGCGCGAGAUGGACCAGCCAAUGAUGUCUAUUCAUGAGUUUAAUCAGCACCAACAAAAUUUAAUGUACCAAGAACGACUCCGACAGCAGCAGCAACAACCGCUCCCUCCGAUUCCGGGUUCGUCCGGAUAUGACAUGUACAGCAGAAAUAUACCUCAUCCGGGAUUGCCACCGGAGCUACCAGCAAAACCCCCAAAGAAAAAUAUACUGAAAUCUCCUUUGAAGGCAAUCAAAAACGUAUUCAUAAAGACUACAAGACCCCUCCGAAGACAAGUGAGUCUGGCGGAGGCUGAUAAAAAGUUACGACCGAUCUUAAAACGACAACAUUCAAUGAUGGAACCACGCUCGUCCCGCAUGAUGGAUACUCGCUUCCAGGAAGCGGCCUACGACCCACGGCAGUACUAUGCCCAGCAGCAGUAUUAUGGCGAUCCAAGACAGUCAAUGUCGCCGCCACCCCCACAGCAUUCCAUGAGGGGAGGUUAUCAAAUGCACGAAGAAUAUCAUCCGAAAGAUCCCAACAGUACCUACCAGAACUUGGAGACGGAAUCAAUCUAUGGAAAUUAUGGCGGUGCUGGUGGCUAUUACGACCAAGAGCAAGAAAAUCUCUACGCAAACAGGGCACUCAUCGAGCUGGAACGUUCAAGGCCUGGACUUGCACCGGGUUCAGGAUCUAACACUACCGGUCGGAGAAUUGUUCGUCGACACAGUAUGGCCGAUCGUAGCGCUCCUUCGCCAAGUUUCAACAACAUUAAUCGCCGACGAAUGGGUUCCGAAAGGUAUCAAAUGGAAAUGAACACGUCGGUGAACGACGAAUCCAUCUACCAGAGUAAGAGUGGAUCGUACAUGUACAACGAUUCACGUGAUCCAAAUCGCCGUAUUAUGGAUGAACCGGUGUAUCAGAGCAGAAGAGAGAUGCACAGAGAUCAUCUUUAUCAGAGCAAGAAGCAAAUGCAGGAUCGCAUCCAACAGAGCCGACUGGAGAUGAUUCAAAAUCAGCACCGCGACAGAAGUGAAUCUCCUGGAAGUUCGGGUCGUGUACACGUUGCAACAGAAUCAAGCUCGAGUUCUCCCAACUCUCCCGCAAGCUCUACGUAUUCUACGCGCAAGGAACUAAAGGAAAAGGGUAUCAAACCACGCACUCAACUUCGAGAUCAAAUUUAUCAAUCAAGGCGGGAAGCAAUGGAGUCCAUGGCAGAACCAGACUAUGUCUCACGGAGGGAACUUAAGCACGAACCAAUUUACGAGUCCAAAAAUGAAAUCGAUGGAGCAUGCUCUCAAGAAUUUAGCAAACUUCAAAUAAACGAAGAAAAUCUUGAUGCGAAACCAGAGGAGAUAUCGGAGCAUUCGAAUAUCAAUCCUUCGGAAUCCUGCACAAAUGUGGAGGAUGCUACGCCAACAUCUGAAACGGAAGCCAUCGAUAACCUAUCGAAAGCACCUCUAGCAAUAUCCGAGGACGAUGAUGAGGAAGAAACUCUUACCAAGAUAAACGAAUCUGACUUACAGAAGGCCACAGCUAGCAAGGCUUCGACUCCUCUCAGUUCUCGCGCGACUCACAUUUCAAACUUCCUGAAACGAACCGGUCCUCCACCUCCGGCCUUUCAACCACCACCACCCCCAACAACAACCGUACCUCCGGCUUCAGUCGUCAGCCCAAGUGCCGCUGAAGUGUACGCUAGUAAAACCUCCAUCGAAACCCAGUACACCUCUCAGAUGAGCCUUCCAAUAGGGCCUCCAAACGCGCACAGUACUCCGUUUGCCAGUGAAAUGUCCCUGGGAUUGCCUCCGCCGAGACAACCCAUCACACGACGAGGGGUUUUUGACGCUUCCGGUGGAACUCUGGCGGAUCCUAUUUGGAAUGUUUCACUCCAGAUACCACCUGGUGCCAUCCCGGCUGGUAUCAAGCAGGAGAUUUACUUCACCGUUACCGAUCCACGUCUCAGUGAAAGCGUCGGUGGUCCUCCGUUGGAUAUGGAAAACGGUGAAACAAUGCUUUCGCCGCUGGUUAUGUGCGGUCCCCAGGGAACGGAAUUCCUGCAGCCCGUUACGCUAAACAUACCCCAUUGUGCCGGCCGGACAACGUCACUGGGACUUUCGCUGAAGGCAACCGACAGCGAGAAGAAUCUGCAAACCGACUGGGACAACAUCGAGCUUCCUAGUAAUGCAGCUGCGCACACGGUCUCCGUUAAAGUGGAUCACUUCUAGAAUACUUCCGUGGGUACCACUCGUACUCCUUGCUGAAGAUAAAAGGGAGCGGUUUAAGUUUUUGUUCAACUACCACUGUAUAUCACAAAGAAAUGUUUUAUGUGCCUUUAUUUUACACUAUUAUUUUGAAUUUACCAAGCAGAGUUGAAUGUUUCAUUGUACGAUGUCGCUUAACAUGUAACAAUUGCCAUCAGAACAGUAUAAAAUAUAUUUGAAUAUGAUAUAAAUAUUAUUCUAUCAGAGAAAAAAUCAUUGCCAUCAUGCAUCAAAUGUGUAGAUAAAUAUAAACACUAGUUAUUACUUAGCCAUGAAAAUAUAAACUUUCCAAAACACCAUCAUUUUAUAAUUAUAAAUAUUUGGAUACCAUACCAACUAAUGGAUUCUGUAACAUAUUACACGGAAAAUCAAUGUAAAAUACGUAGCUCGAAAACUGGUAGUGGUUAGUCCUUGUAAAAGAUAAUGUUCAUUGCAAAUGUAACGAGGAAACUGUAAAUUUAUACUAUAAAACAUGCAUAAAAAGUGUUUAAUAAAGCUAUUUUUAGAAUAACUUA